CAUUUAAAUAAAGUUUUUUAUUUUAAUAUUUACUUUUUUUCUCUGUUUCUUUCUACAGAACAUGCCUCGAUCCUUGUAGAUGGCUGAUGAGGUCUCGUGGCCAAUUCCCUCCACCAUGAGCUACUCAUUCGUCGUGUUUGUUUCGUUGUUUGUAUGUUUGGCGCCCCUGCUUGGACCAGUUGAGUCAGGUGGAAAGUUUCUUUUAAAGAAGAAUUCCGACGGUACAUUCCUCUUAGUACCAGCGCCUGCUAACGCAAGUGUAGAAUCCACUGUGGAUCUUAAGAACCUUCCCCCCAUAGCAGUAGCGGACAGUAGUUCCAGAGAAGCCCCUGGGGUAAAUUCGCAGUCACCUCCUGUACCCGCCUCCUCGGUGAAUCCCUCGCCCGCUCAAGCCCUUGCCAGUUCACAGUCCGCGACACAAGCUCCAGUACCUGCAGUUUCACCAGCCGCAUGUCCCGGGAACACCCAAUGUAAAGUGAAGGUUUCACAGAACAUGAUGACCCUUGCAUUGAAGGGAAAAGAUGGAAUAAGUGGAAAGCCUGGAGUUAAGGGGUCUCCAGGACCACCCGGACCUCCAGGAGCCGCGGGGCCUAAGGGCCCAACCGGAGAUCCAGGUGUUUGUCAGCCAUCUCCGUUUCAGUGUUCUCCCGGGGUUAUAGCGACACUUACAGCAAAAAUAGUGGAGCUGGAAAAGACCUGCAAGCAGGGCAAUUUUGGUGGCCCUGGAGGUCAACCUGACAAACCAAAGUGCGGCCAGGGAAGGUGUAAAGACAAUCCCGCGGCCAACUGUCAGGAGAUAUACAAGAAAGAUGCUGGUGCUGUGAGUGGUGCGUACUGGAUAAAAGGCAAGGGAAAACCAUUCCAGACACAUUGCGAAAUUGAACCAAUGGUGGCUCGUGGCUGGACGCUCGUCGCUCGGGUCCCGGGCAGUUCAAUCGAGUUUUCACCAGUCAGCAAUACCUGGGCAACCAAUAGCGUCAUCAACGACGAAUCUGCACCGGACACCAACACACAAAAGGUCAUGAAAAACAUUGGCUGGGCAGACUUGCCCAGUAACGUACUGCGAGUGUGUUACGAUGGUCCGAAGACGCAUUGCGCUACCUUCACGCACAACCGUAACAUGUCUUUAUCAGAACUGUUUAAUAAUCAGUUUGGGGUGACUGUAGAUGAGCGCUACACAAUGGAGUCACUAUUGCGGGCAUUUGGGAAGAGUUGUGAUCUGUCGCGCAUGCGCAAACAGUGGUGUGGUUUGAACACCGCCAGCGUAUGCCACCCACAGGACAUCAAUCCAAAUCUGAAUCCAACCAAUCAUAUCGCGCGGAUUGGUUGCCUAGGUGACCUUUUGAGGACUUGUGGACCGAAUGAUUACGCCCUUGGUAUCGGCGUAACUAGUUGCUAUGAUGGUUACGGAUGCUCUAAAGUCGGACCCAUGACACCGAACUUGCAUUACGCAUGCGUGCCGAGCUAUGGCGCUUUCAAUCAAACAUCGUUCCUCUACGUUCUCUAAACCGCGGAUUCCUUUUAUGACCUACCAUACAACUGGCCAGAAUUUCAUCGACGUUAUGGGUUUGCCCAGUUAUUGCUGACGGGAUGGAAAAUCAUCACCAUAAAAUCUUAUUUAAUCACAAGCCCAAUUAGACCAAUUUUUCACACGUGCAGGCCUCGUCAAUAGUUAGAUGUCUUCAUCUAAGUUUAGAACUCUUGUAACCGGGUGAGUAAUGAACGCUGUUCAUUUGAUUGCA